CACCACUCCACCUCUACACACUCACGCUCGCACCGGAAGUGACAGUGAGAGAGAGAGAGAGAGAGAGAGAGAGAGCAGUAUAAGAGGCAGGCGUCUGCUUCUCAUCUGAAGAAGGAGAGACUCUGACAGACAGAACACAGGGUUCAUGGGUCAGACCUCCUCUCUGCUGCUAUGAGUCCUCAUGCCUGGAUCUUUGCUGUCCUUCUCUUCAUCCUCACUUGUGCAUGGAGCAAGAGUGCACACAAAGGGUCUGUCCUGAGCCGAAAGCGGAGGCUGGUAGAGGAUGCAGCCGAUGGGACCCCGAGGAAGUGCUCUUAUACAUUCCUGGUCCCAGAGCAGAAGAUCACGGGGCCGAUCUGUGCCAGCCAGGGCCCUUCUCAGCCAGAUAAAGAGCGUGUGACACAGUCGGACAUAGCUGACGUCCGGGAGCUCCUGAGCAAGCAGAGACGUGAAACGGACACGCUCCGGAUGAUUGUGGACGUGGAUGGAAACAUGGUCAAUGAAAUGAAACUUUUACGCAAAGAGUCACGCAACAUGAACUCCCGCGUCACCCAGCUGUACAUGCAGCUGCUGCACGAAAUCAUUCGCAAGCGUGAUAAUUCACUGGAGCUGGCGCAGCUGGAGGCACGGAUCCUCAACAGCACGGCCGAGGCGCUGAGGCUGUCCGCUCUCUACAGGGAGCUGGAGGUGCGCUUCUCCUCGCUGGCCGCGCUGGUCAAUAACCAGUCGGUGCUGAUCGGGGCUCUGGAGGAGCGAUGUCUGCAGGUGUACGGGAAUCACAGACGAGAGCCGCUGCCUCCUCCUCUCGUGCAGGUCGUGCCGGAGAACAUCCCUGUGUACGUGCCUCGCUUCUCCAAUGAGAUCCAGAGGAGUCACGGCUGGCCCGGUCCAGAGGACAGGAGUCCCAGGACGGAUCCAUCACCCACAGGAGGCUCGCUGGACCUGAAACACCCUCCUCAGGGGAACGGCAGUCUGGAGGGUCCCUUUCGGGACUGUCUUCAGGUGAUGCAGGCUGGACACUCCUCCAGCGGGACGUAUCUUCUGAAGCCGGACGGGACGGAGACGCCUGUACAGGCCUGGUGUGAGCAUGACGUGGACAGAGGCGGCUGGACGCUCAUCCAGAGGAGGAAAGAUGGAUCCGUCAACUUCUUCAGGAACUGGGACAGCUAUAAGAAAGGCUUUGGUGAAGUGGACGGGGAACACUGGCUGGGUCUGGAAACCAUCUAUAACCUGGGCAAACAGGAGGACUACAAGCUGCUGGUGGAGCUGGAGGACUGGAUGGGGAAGAGGGUUUACGCGGCCUACAGCAGCUUCUACCUGGAGCCGGAGAGCCAGUCGUACCGUCUGCGUCUGGGAACCUACCAGGGCAACGCUGGAGACUCACUGAGCAGCCACAACGGCAAACAGUUCACCACGCUGGACCACGACAACGACGGCUUCUCAGGGAACUGUGCUCACUUCCACAAGGCUGGCUGGUGGUACAGCGCCUGCGGUCAGGCCAAUCUGAACGGUGUGUGGUACUCCGGAGGAGUGUAUCGCAGCCGCUUCCAGGACGGCAUCUUCUGGGCCGACUAUGGAGGAGGCUUUUACUCCAUGAAGUCUGUGCGGAUGAUGAUCAGACCCAUCGACUGAAGCCUGGCGGACAAAUGAAAGUGCAUCAUCGCCAUUUUGUAAUAAAAUUGUAUUUCAGUCUUUUCAGUGUCAUACUUUUAAGCACAUUUUGGCAAACCAUAUCCCCAACAAGAAUAUGUUUGACAGGGUUUUCAUGAUUAGAAGUGAAUCAAAAGACAAAAAAUGGCACAUCUAACUGCUGCCUUUUUUACAUGAUUUAACCCAUAUAAAAAAAAGCUGGAUGUAUUUAGGUUAAUUCAGUAAUGAGCGUUUUUCUCCAUGUAUCAUGAGCUUUCAGUAAUAAGAUUUUGUUUAAAUGCUCUUAUUAUUACAGUAGUGCAUUCAGCUCCAAAUACUGCGCUUUCUGAGUUUGAUCAAACAAAAAUCUCUAGAAACGUUCAAACAUGUAUUUAUUAAAACUUUUGUUGAAAUAAAGCGUCCAUACUCCACAGUUUGUCCCA